AUGGCGACCUGGUUGGGGCACGCGGUAUUCAUCGUUGGAUGAAUCUUCCCCCUCUGGGGAGCUCUUCGUAAUAGUAGGGACUUCGUCGGCUUGUUCUGUCGUAAAGAGCUGCCGAACAAGUUCCUCUUCAAGUUCUUCUGCCUUUCCUUCGACGUCCCACACAUCCGAAUCAAGUGCACUGCGCUUUGAGUUUUCUUCUGUCUGCUCGAAAUGGUGCAGGUUCGGAGAGGACUGCUUCUUUGUCUGGCAUCUUGCCAGACGGGCCUUUUCCUUCUGUCUCUGCUUGUCUCUUGCCCUCUUUGCCCUUUUCCUCUCCUUUGCAAGCAUCAUCUCGCGAUCCUCUACUGCCUCGCCCUCUACAGUGUUGGAGGGUUCGGAAGCAGGUAAGCUUUCCUG